AUGAGUGAACUAUGGACGAAGAACCAGAUCGGAUUGAUAAAGGCCGAUCACCUUAUACCGCCUUCGGUUAGCAUAGGCAACCAAAAGGACACUGCGCUGGGAUACGCGAUGGCGAGCAUCCUAGUUGGCGUGACGCCGAUUACUGAAAAGAUAGGCACCUAA